UUCCCUCGGUGACCGCGGAUUUCACCUCGGGGUGUUGAAACCCAAGAACCGCGCCGGGCGCUGUUGGUCUCCAGCCGCAAUCCCAUCGUCCAAGAGGCUCCGAAUCGCGGCCCGGAUGGCUCUCUUUAAAGCGGCGAAGCUGAGCGUCAAGCUGGGGUUGGCUGGAGGCGCCGUGUACGUUGCGAGCUCGCAAGGCGUGUUUCGUGAUGGCGAGGAUGGGGAGGGAGCCCUCUCCCGCCUCGGGGACACAGUCAGCCCCGUGCUGAAUAAAUACUUGGGACCGUACGUUGGCCCAUACCUGCCAAAGGUUCCCAGUGGUGUGGGCGUCUGCGAAACAGUGAAAUCUGCCUGGAACUCAGGCGUUCACACCUCCAUAUUGGCGCUGUCGAAUCUGCCCCAGCGAUCGGGAGAGUGGGCGGGCCAGGGCUGGACCUACGUGCGGGACCUCGUCAAGUGACCGCCAGAGUCCGACCCACCUCAUCGCACCUCUCUCUCACAGUCGACUAAGUUGUUCUUUUUUUUGUUAUUAUCAGGCAAAGCUUUUUUUGGUUUUUGCACGACCUAUGGUGAAACAUCAACUGACAUGCGACGGUGCCAAGACUGCGGCGCGUGCCUGGGUGACCGGUUAGAUUUAAAUUACGUGCGAGAGGUGCUUUGUUUCUGAAUGUUGGUGGAUGUUAUAACUGGGCCACUGCUUGGCGGUGGUCAUCACUAUGUAGGUUUCACUUAACUACACAUAUACACAUUCGAAAGACCUUAAUAACAUAUCAGGAGACAUAGUGUGUCAUCAGUGGCGUGCCGUGGCGUGGUUGGCAUGAGCUCUGGUGCAGGGAAUGAAAUUGGAAUCCCCUCCCCGCUGCCAUUGUUGCACUUUUCCCUCCAACUCCCAUUGUAGCCCCGUGCCUGGGCAAGUCUGGCUAAGUUUGCUCUAACACAAUUGCCCCGCCUACACACCCGAUAUCUACGCCCAUGUGCAUGACAUUAAUCACCACAUUUUUAUCCAUUCUUAGUGUUAAUUGAUGAAGCUCGGGUAUCCGUACACACACACACGUGGGUGCUGCGCAGGUUGCGUUCGUUUUCCCAAAUGAAAAGUAAUGAAAUCGAGGCUGAUACGAGUUGGCAACUUUCCCGCAAGAGGUGCAAUCGGCAGGUGUAAUUGAAGAGGGCACAAUUUCUACGUCGUUACAUAAGUCUGCGCCAUCUUCGGUUGCCUGCUGUGGCCACACCUGCUAAGUGGGAACAAUUCUGAUCCAACGUGAGAUAUUUUUCGAAGCACCACCCAUCCCCUACCAACCUUGCUCUCCUCCACGCACGCCACACAGCAACCGUUGCCGUCCACGUUUGCGUCUGGAGAGACGAAGCCUACGCUAUUUAUAAUGAUAAUAGAUUUUUAUUUUUAGAAGCUCAGGGCGCAAAACUAUCAGGCUCGUGUGACGGGUUCCCGUUUUUGCGUUGAGCACGUGGGAGUGUGCAAAACGCGACUUGCACUGCAAUCCGAGUGGGGAGCACUCGCGAUUCCAGAGAUGUGACUGCGCAGUUGGUCAUGGCGUAUCGACGCUACCUGUUGGCAAACCAAUUCCAACACUUCCCCGUUUAAUCUUUAACAGAUGCUCUUCAUUGAACGCCUACUGUAAAUGAUGAGAAGAUCAUCCAGCAGAAAAGUGUGUGCAGGCUGAAUACGAUGAGCAAUAUUACAUGCAUACGGUGAUUGUUAUCGUAGGCCAAGUUUUUCCAUCUUGCCUUGUAUGAGACAUGGCAUGACCACACUGCACGUAUAACGCACACGGCCUUAUUUAAAACCACCGAGUUACAUUACUUUGGGCCACAGUAGGACAAUUAGACAGCUCUAAUACCGGUUUCAUCAAUGUUAGGAUUAAUCACGACAGUAUAGCCAUGGUUGUCCUCGGUGUUUUAUUUUUUGGAUUGGUGGCAUUGUUGAAAAUCGCAUUUUGGACGUUGCAUACGGCCUCUGAAUAAACUCUUAAGAUGCAAGGUACAAUGA